AUGGCUUGUGUGAUGGUCUUCACGGUCAACCUCUUCGAAAAGGGGCCGCUGAAGGCCAUCACACAGCAGCUGCGGGACCUGCGAAACGGGGUGGACUUCGCCGAAGUUGGUGAGGACAGACAUGAGAGACUCUGAGGACAGAACACGAUAGGGCAAGCCGAUGACAGGAACACUCUUGUGUGCGAUUUCACAUAUUCGCAGUCGCGAGGUCCGACAAGGCGGAAGAGGACGCGGAGGUCCAGCGGUUCCUGGGGGAGAUCAGGAGGGCCAAGGCGAGAGUCCUCGGACUCAUGGGUGCUCAGGUAUGCCGCUUGGCGGAGGGGUCAACCAUUGCUCAUCGCCGACCGUGAGGAUGCGGGCGAGCUGAUUUUGGUCAGCGGCACACAGACGACAGAGACAGACAGGACACGGAAUUGCAAAGCGCUCUUCUGUCCUCUGCCCUUUGUUGUGCUGCGUAGCAGAGGGAGUUAGAAUCGUUGCCUGCAUUUUAUAUUGGAUGGCAAUUGUACUCACUUCGCACCUCCGCCAAGGUGAGAGCGUAGACACACGCCAUUUGGGCACAUGCAUCG